CCUUACCAUAAACCUCAUGCUUACAGGAUGCUUCUGGAGGACAGAUCAAUCAUUCUUUAGUCCCUCACAGAGGGGAAAAAAGCCCCCACAAAACGUCUCUUGAGAUGAACUAGCACAGCACCAUUGUUCAGCUGGCUGGAUUUCACACACUACAAUGAAGACACUGUUUUUCACUGGACUGCUCUCUUUUACCUCCAGUCUUUGCACUACAGCUUCAGAAUUUUCAUGGAAUGGCUCUGCAAUUAAAACAGUGUCUCUUAUCAAAACUUUUCGGGGAAUUUCAGCGAGAGACUAUGAUUACAUCCCCCCUUAUGCUAUAGAGGGGGAAACAACAACCAUCCAUAUCAGAGAAAACAAAUGCACUUCAAAAAAGUCAAACAACUCCACAUUAACAGAAGUGAGCAACACCACGCUGGAGUACCUCACCAGCUCUCUGAGCACCCAGCUAAUACCUGCUGUCUACCUCAGUGCUCUGUUACUGGGUGUGCCUUCUAAUGCCAUCAUUCUGUGGAUGCUACUCUUCAGGAUCCGCUCCGUGUGCACCGCCGUCCUCUACACAAACCUGGCUGUCUCAGACCUGCUCUUCUGCAUCAUCCUGCCCUUCAAAAUAGCCUACCACAUCAACGGGAACAACUGGGUGUUUGGGGAGACCAUGUGCCGGGCGGCCACGGCGGUGUUUUACGGCAACAUGUACUGCUCCAUUCUGCUGCUCACGUGCAUCAGCGUCAGCCGCUACCUGGCCAUCGUCCACCCCUUCACCUACAAGAGCCUCCCGAAGCGCGCCUACGCCAUCGCAGCCUGCGCCGCCGUCUGGGCCGCCGUCUUCCUCUACAUGCUCCCGCUCGCCAUCAUGCAGCAAAGCUAUUACGUGAAGCAGCUGGACAUUUAUACCUGCCACGACGUGCACAGCGCCUGCGAAACUGAGUCCUCCUUCCAGUUCUACUACUACGGGUCCUUGGCUGUAUUUGGGUUUUUCAUACCGCUCGCAACUAUCGUGUUCUGCUAUGUCUCGAUUAUACGAACACUCAAGACUCACGAAUGGUUCUGGUAUGUCAAAGUCAGCCUUUUGAUUCUUACCAUCUUUGCUAUUUGCUUUGCGCCAAGCAAUAUUAUCCUUAUUAUCCAUCACAUCAACUAUUACUAUUACAACACAGAUAGGCUGUAUUCUUUUUAUCUAAUUGCUUUAUGUCUUAACAGCCUAAACAGCUGUCUUGAUCCUUUCCUUUAUUUUCUGAUGUCAAAAAUUAGAAGUCAAUCCAAUAUUUAUCUGACAAUGGUUAAAAUAUCCAGGGAAAAAUGAAGUUAUUUCUAUUACUGGAAUGAUGGUUUUGUACAGUACUAACACAGACAGCAACAAAUCUCAGGUGUGACAUUUAUACUUCAAGUAAAAUGGGAUAGAAAACACAAUUUCAGCUAAAUUUACUUCCUUCCACACAAGGAAUAUCUCCAAGAAUUCACUCUCCAGCACUAUAACUUUAUUACAUGUGUUGCAACACCUGUGUACCUAGAUUCAGGGAAGCAGGUCUGUACCUCCAUUUCCUUCUGAGAUUGCUUUCUGGCCAUGGAGAAACUGCCAGAGUAUCAGGCACCCCAGCUUCUAAAUACCAGAAGAGGAGUCAGCCUCCAAAGAGCAAUUCUAGGGCAAUUCAUGACACUUGAAAUUAGCUUUCAGCCAACAAUCACUGCAGGAACAGUGUUACAAAAACAAGCUUUUGGCCUAAUGGAAAUGGGAACAAACACUUUGUACAUGCCAGGGAGCAGUCAAGAGCAAGUACUGCCCAGGAUGUUGGAAAUACAGAGUCCCUAUAGGUUCACGAAGAAGUAAGUCUACAGCAGUGGAUGCAGAACCUGACUCUUCCAAGGCUACCUCUCCCAUGAGGCUGCUUAACCAGCUCUGCACUGGAGACUUGUUCUUCCACUUUGUCAGCGCCUGCACUUCCCUAAGCCACAGGGAUUGCUGGGAGCUAACCCUUAUCAGUGUGAAUCCAGGCAUAUAUUACUCUUCCUUGGUAAGCAAAACAGAGAAGCUAUUUUGUAGUCUUCUCUAUUUCCACAUCCUCACAGGAAAUACCUACAGUGUUACAAACACUGCAGCUCGCUACCAUUGACUAUUAGUAAAACAAUGGGUCAAUUUUUACCUUUACAGAAACUCAAAACCUACUUAUAUACUAAGUUCCUAGAAAAUUAC